UAAGAUGACCGGCCACAUGGGAUCCUUGCUGUUGAUGCCUUUAAUGCUAGUAGUAAGUUUUGCAUCUUCACCAACCACGAAGGUGCCUUACAUAUCUCCGUACUGGAAGUUUGUAAAUGGACUUCAGUUGGUGAAAUGCCCCAAUAUAGUCGAGACCAUGACUAAUGUGAAUAUAAACAGGCUCUUGGGUGUUUGGUUCGCCUAUGCCACAACUCCUUUACAUAUGUCCGCUUAUCGGCGGCGUUGUGCUUCCUAUAAUGUGCAAAAUAAUCCCAAUUUCAGCUCCAAAAUCCUUUAUACGGACUACAAAGCUCUUACGAUAACCUAUUCCUGCGAUUUAGACCCUGAGACCAACUUGCAUGAAGUUAAAGUGCGAGUUUUAACCCGGACGAGAACCCCACAAGAUAAAACCAUUCUGAAGGCUAUUUUCUAUCUGAAGACAAUUGACUUUCCCUGGGAAAGGCUAGAGAUUCUGAAAUCGGAGGCCUACUGUUUCGAAUGGUACAUAUUGAAGUACCAUCAGAGGCCGAGACCGGGUAAUUAUAGGGUACCCAUGAACAGUUUUUUCGAGCAUUGAUGACAGCUCGAAUUAAUUGCAUAACUAUCGCUAAUUAUUACAACAUAAUCAACGGGCGAGGGAUGGAGCAGAGAGGAAAUCGUAUAACUUAAUUAGUUGAGACGGGGGCCUGGCCAAAAUCAAUUACGAGCGAAAGUUCGACACUCGACUGAUUGGACCCAGCCGUCUCAAGGAGCCCAAUUGUCCUGAUUCCCGUGUCCUUGUUCCCGAAAACCCAUACACACAAUGGCACUUUGCGAAAAUGUGGUUUGUUUUUACUUAAAUAAACAGAAUUACAUUUUAUGAAGUAUAA